AUGACGCGGAUGGCCAGGAUGGACUCCUGUGAAUUCUGGCUGACCCAUGAUGAGGAGUGGUUUGAGCGUGUACUCUGGAGUGACGAAACGUGGUUUGUUCUGCAUCCGUCUCCAAACAAGAAGAACACCGUGUGCUGGUUGCCAGAGAAUCCGAACAAGCUCGUGCCAUGCAAGAAGGCCCAGGGGCAGAAGGUGAUGGCGUGGGUGGGCGUGGUGGAAUGGAAGUGCCUGCCAGUUCACUGGUUCACUGGCUCCGUCAACAGCGACGCGUACCUGGAGAUGCUGCAGACGGUGGUGUGGCCUGCGGUGAGGGCUCGGGCGACAUGCCACAGGUACUGGUUCCAGCAGGACGGCGCGCCGCCGCACGUCACUGCUCCCGUGAUGGACUUCCUCCACUCGAAGUUCGGCGGCCGCGUCAUCUCCCGGAACAGUGAACACCGAUGGCCGCCGUACAGUCCCGACCUGUCUUGUCUGGACUUUUGUUUCUGGUCAUUGGUGACGGCUCAGAUCGUGCACAGCGAGCCCCAAACGCUGGAACAGCUGAAGGAACUGGUUGAGGACUUCGCCCGCAAUAUGGACGAUGAGCAGCUGCGAAAGAUGGCGGGCGCCGUGCUGCUACAGGUUCAGGGUGGCGUGGAGAAAGUGAUCGCGUAUGGGAGUCAGAAGCUGUCAAAAUCGCAGAUGAAUUACGGUACCACUCAGAAAGAACUGCUAGCGGUAGUGAUCUUCGUGCAAAAGUUUUCUGCGUACCUGGAAG